AUGAAUCGUCUUCGAGUUGCUGUUGGAAUAUCAGGUGGAGUUGAUAGCGCAGUAGCAGCAUGGCUUCUAAAAAAGAAGGGCUUCGACGUCGUCGGUGUUUACAUGAUCAAUUGGGAUCCUGUCGAAGAAGGAUCUGCCACGUGCCCGCGAACGAAGGAUGAAGCGGAUGCUCGACAUGUAUGCGAGAAGAUUAACAUUCCCUUCAGUACGGUCAAUUUUGUCAAGGAAUACUGGAAUGACGUAUUUGUAACUAUGUUGGAGAACUACCGCCGUGGACGGACUGUUGUGCCUGAUAUCGCUUGCAAUAGACAUAUUAAAUUUGAUCGCCUACACCGUCAUGCAAUUGAUGAACUCGGAGCUGAUCUUGUUGCAACUGGACACUAUGCGAGCACAUCAUACGGAGACUUUCAGGAAAAACGCCAACCAGAAUCCAGUACGUUGAAUCAGGAACAACUGAAACGGGCCUUGUUCCCGCUUGGAUCGUUCACGAAAACGGAAGUCCGUCGAAUCGCACGAGAACAGGGCCUUCAUGAAAUCGCUGAAAAGCCCGAGAGUAUGGGUAUUUGUUUUGUGGGAAAGAGGAAAAACUUCGAAGAUUUCCUAGAUCAGUAUAUCGAGCCUUGCCCAGGUGAAAUUCUCACACUGGACGGAAGGCAUAUCGGUCAUCAUGAAGAUACAGAUGAAACGACGCUUGAAUGUCGAAUUCAACGUACACAUCAGCCAAUCCGAUGUCAUGUGAAGCGCAUUGGACAAAGCCUGCUGUCGAUUAAACCGGUUUGUGUGUUCUACGAUGGCAGGGAGUGCCUUGGAGGAGGUGAAGUGCGCAACAUUAUUUCAACGCUCAAAUACUGA